GUUUCUUAAACGAGGACAACAGUCUGAACGUUUUAUUACAGACACGGAUUACUCAGAUAUGAAAUGGAUUGUUUUUUUAUCAGAUUUGCCCCCCGAUGCUUCCAGGAGUAGAGACUCCCAUUAAUCGGAAUGAAUUUCAUGGAUUUGCGUCUGUGUUCAUUCAAAUUCACGAUCCUCCACUAGUAGCACUCGCGUGCCCUACAUCUCUCCCUGACCCCGCCUGCUCGGGCCAAUACGGUCCGCCCCAGACUCGGUGUGAGGGGUAACAGCGGUAUUUAUAUGCAAAGCGAUAGUCGGUGCGUGGACUAAUUGGCAGCACCCACAACCAACGAAAAGCCGACCGGGAGUCGAAGGAACCUCGGGAACAUCACCGGAGAUUUUUGUCAAGACAAACAAGUGCUUUGUAUUCCCUAUAGAGCUCAAGUGUGCAAGGCUGGAUCGAUGGGACUGGAAUGUGGCUGUUUCGCCGGAGAUUAGACUGUCGGACGAGCGAAGACGAAGCACGGGACCGGGAUCUGGGAGAAGCAGGAUGCUGAACCGCGAUCAGGGUAGAUUCAUGUGGACGCGAGGUGUACCCUGAUUUCCCAGCCCCUCCCCCUUCCCUCAGUCACCCCCUCCCUACAACCUGUUCACUCCAUCCAGCACACUACGCUCACCAUGACGUCUACCUUGCAGACCCUAGCCUUUAAGCUGGCCCCUCCCUCAAGAGAAGCUGGACCAGAGCAGUUGGAACCUUGCAACGAUGGCACGGGGCGACAUUAUGAGGUGGUCCCCUCAGUGGUCUGCUCUAUGUGCUGUCUUUUUGGAAUCAUCUAUUGCUUCUUUGGUUACCGCUGUUUUAAGGCUGUACUCUUCCUCACAGGGCUCAUGUUUGGUUCUGUAAUCAUCUUCCUGCUCUGUUACAAGGAGCGAGUAUUGGACACGCAGCUGAGCGUUGAGGCCAGCGUGGGCAUCGGCCUGGGCAUCGGCACCCUGUGUGGCCUGGUGACCAUGUUGGUACGCAGCGUUGGGCUUUUCAUGGUGGGGCUGCUCCUGGGCCUGCUGGUGGGCAUCGGGACCCUGGUAGGAAUGGAGGAGCUGUCGUCCAACCCCCCGCGGUCAGUAUGGGUGCCCCUGGGCGUCCUGCUGGGGCUGGGCAUGCUGUUCGCCGUCCUCACCCUGCAGUGGCAGAGAUGCUUCACCACCCUCUCUACGGCUGUGUUUGGGGCUGCAGUGAUAGUUGUGGCUACAGAUUAUUUUGUGGAGCUCUUUGCGCUGGUGAGGUACAUUUACGAGCGGGUGAAAACAGGCCCCCGGGAGCCGGUGUGCUGGAUGACGUGGGUGGUCCUGGGAGCCUGGCCUGCUCUCGCCCUGCUGGGUGUUUUGGUGCAAUGGAGAGUGACGGCAGAGGGCUACUCCCACACGAAGGUGAUGAUCAGUCGCCAGCAGCGGCGAGUUCAGCUUAUGCGUAUACGUCAGAAGGAGGAGAGGAGGGAGAGCAGCAGGAAGAAAAAGAGGAAGCAGCCGCAGAACGCACACCACACACAUGCCGCCAAACCCCUGCACCCAGAGCCCGCCUACCGCAGGAAACCCAACCCUAUACGACGCUUUGAUGGAGACGUGCUUUCUCCUAGCUACAUCCAGAGUUUUCGGGACAGACAGGUGGAUGGACGUGCUUAUCCAGCGGGUGGGCUGAUGGCUGCAGGUCACACAAGUGUAGAUAUGGACUAUGACUGUGGAUCUAGGGUCCCUCUCACUUCUGGGGUUGGACCACAUGUUCGGGUCUGACCAUACUCACUUCUUCACCCCCCCCACACCCCUUUACGCACACUUUCAUCCGGUGCUGACCUGACCCUGGGUCCCAAAUGCACAGAGGCUUGGGUCUCCUCACCAUUCAGAACUGAACAAUGAAAGCACUUCUAACUAUAAUACUGGAUGCAUCAUUCCGAGACCAUGGUUGUAUUAAAGAGCUGCUUUCACAAACACAAUUACACUAACACACUUUACCUGAACAUGUGCCUGAGAUGUGGCAUUCUGUUCACCUAAUACGGAAACCAUUAUGAGGUGGUUUAAAAAAAAAAAAAAAAAAAUCAAUCUGGGCUCCAUUCUGUCGAAUUAUUUUCAAAAAACGUCUGUGGUGAAUUAAUGUGUUGCCCGUUCUUCAAUGUUUCACGAUAUUGCGUUUCUGUUUGUGACAAAUUCAUCAGUUGGUGCUGAAUCUUGUCUUUGUACAACAACGCUGACUGUCAUUUUGAAGUCAGUCGUUCCUCCUCUCAUCGUAAAGUCUGUGGAUUCCACCAGUCAGUGUCUGUACUGUGAGAUCCCGCAUUCCGGCCCAGGACUGUACCAAAUACCAUCGAGCAGGGGUGCCUUCGAGACACCACUAAGAAACUCUCUCAGGAGAAUCCAACUCCUUAGCCUUGUUUCAGAAAGGCUGUAGGGCAAAGAGCCAUAUUACUGCUGAUCAGAGCCACCUGGUCCACUCUGGGAUGCAGAGCUGAACGCCUGGUGAUGAAAAGAACGAGGACAAGAUGGAGGAAAUGAGCGAAGAUGAUACUCAGGGACAGCAUGAAUGUUUUGGAGUACUGG